UUAAACCGAAGAGUGAUAUUCUCGGAUCCUCGUCGCCUUGAGAUUUCUGCAAAUUCUCGAAGAUUUUUCCUCCUUCGGAUCCUCGUCGUUCUCGCAGAGAUACACGAUCGUGCGCGAGGACGGACACUCGCCGUUCGCGAGCAUUCAUGUGUGCGCCUCGCGUUCGCCUCCUACUUGUUGCCGGCGAGGAAUGGCACGGUGCAGGCGACAUAACUGUACGCGACCGAGCUCUCCCCAGCCGCCGCGACGCCUUCUCCUCGGCCGAGCCGAGGAGGUAAACCGCGACGGUGUGUGUGUGUGUGUAUGUGUAUGUGUGUGUAUGUGCCGGUCGAGGAAACCGAUUGCGAUUUUCUCGCGGAGCGCGUUCUCGCCAAAGUAGAGGCGCGCGAGCGCGAGCCGUGAAAAUAACAGAACGUAGUCGUCAUGCGGCCAGCGCGGCGGUGAGCGCAAAAUCGCGCGAGAUCCUCUCGGACUCGACGACGACGCCUGCCACCGCGGCAGGAUCGUUCGAAGUGGAUUAGUGGGUCUCCAUGCGCCGACCCUAAACCGUACGAAAUGAUUAACUCGCGCGAAAGUGCAGAGACGAUCGGACGUGGAAAUGACGACCGGAGCGCUCGAAAUUAGAAGCGCAGUGGCGCUGCGCACACGGAUAUGCAAAGCAGAAGCAGCUGAUCGCGCGUUACCGGAAUCCAAAAAGUUCAUACGAGUUCAGAGUAUCGACAAAAGCAGAAGGAAAGGACGCGCUUUCACGCGCAAGAGACUCAAGAAGUGCAACUACCGCAGCCGUCGGGUCCUUUUAUGGCCUGCUCGCAUCCUUAAGGAUCGACGAUGCGGAGGAAGUGGAAGAAAUUAUAUUCACGAGCAACGCGCACCGGCUCUGAUAACAGCUUCCAGGAGUAACGAGAUCCGGAUACGCUCCGACUUCGGACAGGAAGGUGUCCAUUUUCAUGUAUCACAUCAGAGCUCCUAUCGAUCUAAUGGAAGCAUGAAUAAGGACUGCGCCGGGGGCGCAUCAGGAGCACGGCCGAGCCGAAUUAGUCACGAGAGCGACGUUACUCCGCGACGAGAAGACCUACGAACCUGGAUCUGGGCGCGCUUGACCUCGGUGUAGAGCCAGUUGUCCGUGGAGAAGGCGAUCGCCAGGAGGGCAGUGGCGAUUAUACCGG